AUGUCACCGGAUGCCCUUAGAAUUACAAACCGCGAAGGCCUAUCAUGGGACCUGAUUUGUGACGUCAAGUUUGUGAUUUUCGAUCGUGAAAGGGGACUUGAGCUUUUGGGGUCCCAGCCUUCUGUGGAGACUGUCUUCCAUGUUAGCCAGGAUGUCCACGAAGCCCAUGUUUAUCUCCCAGAUCAAAACAAGCUGGUGUUCGCUGAGCUCGCCGUUGAUCAGUUGCCAUUGUUAUCUGUAGAUUUAAAUCACGAUCCCCCGGUUCUCUCCGAAUUCACAACCAAUCCGCCGGUCUACGUGCCAAACGGAGCUCACUACAGCGACGGUCUGGUCUGGUUUGGCGCAUCUGGUGGAAACCAUUCCUCUGGCCUGGAGUUCAAGCCCUCUUUACAGACCUGGGACUCAGAAACGAACGAAACGAAAACCUGGCUCGAUAAUUACUUUGGCUAUUACUUCAACACCAUCGACGAUCUGGCCGUUCAUCCAGUGACGAAGGAAGUGUGGUUUACAGAUCCCAUUGUGCCGACUUCUUGA